AAAGACGCUUGGGAGGCACGCGUGAAAGCCAGACCGGGGGACAACAGGUUGAAUAAUCGAGGGACCGCGGAUUUGCGACGAUGCCGCGGGGCCGGCUCAAGUCACCUAUCGAGGGCUGCAUAAGCUCUGAACUCCUGCACCAGGACUAGCGUUACUCCUGAAGAAUCGACGCGCUCCGGUAUCGAAGAUCAUCGAGUGAAGAAUAACCUGGGAAAGAUGGCAGGUGUGGCAUGGAGCGGAUGGCUUCAGCGCUGUCGAGAGUCCCGUCGACUAGUCCUAGUGAUUGUUGCUAUCGCCCUACUCCUAGACAAUAUGUUACUAACAACCGUAGUACCCAUUAUUCCGGGAUUUUUAUUUGACAUUAAUCACCCGAAUGGUACGGAGCAACCAGACACCCUGAUUGCACAAACAACUCAAUCAUCAACUCUACCUUCACCUGGUGUACCAAAUCUGCCAGGUAAAUGCACAUGUCCCCUGAAUGAUUCAACCAAGGAUCUGCUAUUUCUUCUCAAUACUUCAAAUGUCGCGGGGCUGACUUCACCCGGUUCAACUGCAACAACACUUAAUCUAUCAACCACCGUGGAACCCAAGAAAGACAUUCGCCACAAAGAAUUGCUGGAGGAAACCGUAGCCGUGGGUAUGAUGUUUGCGUCCAAAGCUUUUGUUCAGUUGUUGACAAAUCCCAUUGUUGGCCCUCUCACUCACAAAAUUGGUUACAGCAUCCCGAUGUUUACCGGUUUCAUCAUAAUGUUUCUAUCAACUCUGAUAUUUGCGUUCGGUAGGAGCUACAGUAUUUUAUUUCUUGCAAGAGCUCUUCAGGGGAUAGGCUCGUCCUGCUCAAGUGUCUCUGGGAUGGGAAUGUUGGCUGAAAGAUACCAGGAUGACAAAGAACGAGGUAAUGCUAUGGGAAUAGCUCUCGGAGGAUUAGCCCUAGGAGUUCUGAUAGGUCCACCUUUUGGGGGUGUUAUGUACGAAUUCGUUGGAAAAUCCGCACCUUUUCUCAUUUUGUCGGCAUUAGCCCUCGGUGACGGAUUACUGCAACUCCUGAUGCUCCAGCCCUCGGUUGUCUACACAGAGGCUCCACCGCCCUCUCUCAAAGCCCUCGUCACAGAUCCUUACAUUAUUAUUGCUGCUGGUGCAAUAACAUUCGCAAAUAUGGGAAUAGCGAUGUUGGAGCCGAGUUUACCAAUCUGGAUGAUGGACACGAUGAAUGCAAAACGGUGGGAACAGGGUGCUACAUUUUUACCUGCUAGUAUCAGUUACUUGAUUGGUACGAAUCUAUUCGGCCCUCUAGGCCACCGAAUGGGGAGGUGGUUAGCUUCAUUAAUUGGCCUCGUCGUCAUUGGUUUCUGCUUGAUGUGUAUACCUCUUGCCACUCACAUUGAUCACCUCAUAAUACCCAACGCCGGUUUAGGCUUCGCCAUUGGUAUGGUCGACAGCUCGAUGAUGCCUGAACUCGGUUAUCUAGUCGAUAUACGACAUUCAGCAGUUUAUGGGAGUGUUUAUGCAAUUGGAGAUAUUGCAUUUUGUCUUGGUUUCGCUAUUGGUCCUGCAUUGAGUGGAACUUUAGUUAACACCAUAGGUUUCGAGUGGAUGCUCUUUGGCAUCGCUAUCCUUUGCUUUUUAUACGCUCCACUCAUGUACUUCCUCAAGGCACCUCCAACCAAAGAAGAGAAGAAGUCCCUCAUUAUUGGAGAAAAAUCGUCAGUGAGGUACGUUACUUACUCCAACGAGGAGGACGAGCAGUAGAAGCGUAUCUAAUUUUUUUUUUUAGAUUUCUCAUGUAUCUUACGUAGGUGUUACUCCUCUCGAACAUAGAAAGUCAUUACUUGGUAAAUGAGAAUUUUUCAUUCUUCGUGUCUAAGGAAUACUCGGAUUACUUAAGGGGUCUCUUCUGUCGGUUCCUUCAGUGUUUAAUUAAUUAAAUACUGGAAACACUAAAACAACUUUUUGUCUUUAGAAGA